UCUCCAGCAGAAAUCCCCCUCACGGCGGCACGAGACGUCCGUCCCGGCGGUGCCGGCACGACCCCUGAAUCAAACAACACAUCAAAACCAAGACAGAUCCACCCCCUCCCCCGCCGAUCUGAUCUGAUGGCUUCCGCCCCAUCAGCCCCGGCCACCGCGCCGUCUCUGCUGGAUACCCUCUUCCAGCUCUCCCUUGACGAUCUAGUCAAGUCCCUCCGCGCUGACCCGUCCGCUGCCGGCGAGUCGGCGGCCAUCGUCCGGGCCCUCUCGGUGGUCCAUCGCGAGAUACGCGCCCCCGAAGCGGCCACCAAGGCCGCCGCGCUGCAGAAGCUCACAUACCUCUCCUCCCUCUACUUCGCCCCCGUCGCCUCCCACCCGCUCGCCUUCCCCGCCAUCGAGCUCCUCGCCUCGCCGCACCUCCCGCACAAGCGCCUCGCCUACCUCGCCGCCUCCCUCUCCCUCCACCCUUCCUCGCUCUCCCUCCUCCCGCUCGCCACCCACCAGCUCCACAAGGACCUCUCUCCCUCCACCUCCUCCGCCGUCUCCCACCACGUCUGCGCCCUCGCGCUCCACCUCCUCGCCUCCCCUGCCGCGGCCGCCGCGCCCGACCUCGCCGUCCACCUCGCGCACGACCUCGUGCCCCACCUGUCCCGUGGCAGCCCACGCGCUAUCGCGGCCGCUGUGCGCGUCAUGGCCGCCUGCCCGUCCGGCGCGGUGCCGCUUCUCUUCAAGCCGUUGGCUGCUUGCCUAGCGUCGCCUGACCCGCGGGCGUCUACCGCUGCUGCGGCCGCCUUCUGUGAGCUCUCUGCUCCGCCAGCUGACCCGGCCCCUUUCCUACCUCUCGCACCUGACCUCUACAAUCUGCUCACAACCUCCCGCUCCAACUGGGCGCUCAUCAAGGUGCUCAAAGUGUUUGCUAGGCUGGCUCCUCUCGAGUCGCGCCUAGCUGCACGAAUUGUCGACCCAGUUUGUCAGCUCCUCAGCAGUUCUUCAGCCAUGUCGCUGACGAUUGAGUGCAUCCACACGGUGCUGACUGCUCUGCCGGCGCAUGCUGCUGCUGUGGCUCUCGCCAUUGGGAAAGUCAAGGAGUUCCUUGGUUCUUCUGAUGAUCCCAACCUGCGCUACCUUGGGCUCUUGGCACUUGGUAUGCUCAGCCCGGCAUAUGUCUCAACUGUGAAUGAGAGUCAUGAUGUGAUUGUCCUUUCACUGGGUGAUCCUGACUCAAACAUCCGCAGGGAGGCAUUACACCUUACGAUGGGAAUGGUUGAUGACAACAAUGUCCAGGACAUUGCUGGCAUGCUGGCCAGUCAUGCUGCACGGUCAGACCCAGAGUUUGCAAAUGAGAUUCUUGGGGCUGUCCUAGCAGCCUGUGGCCGCAACGUUUAUGAGCUCGUGUCGGACUUUGAUUGGUAUGUCUUGCUACUCGCAGAUAUAGCAAAGAGCCUGCACUGUGCUCAGGGGGAUGAGAUUGGUCGGCAGCUUGUUGAUGUGGGACUAAGAGUGAAGGAUGCACGCCCUGAGCUUGUCCAAUCUGCUCGGACUCUCCUAAUUGACCCUGCUUUGCUUGGGAAUCAACUCAUUAGCCCUGUUCUUUCCUCUGCUGCAUGGGUCUGUGGUGAGUAUAUAAAUUUUGUGAAGGAUCCUGUAGAGCUUGUUGAGGCACUCCUGCAGCCAAGGACUGGCCUUCUGCCAAUGUCAGUAAGAGCUGUCUACAUCCAGGCAGUACUUAAAGUGAUCACCUUCUGUUGCAACUUGUAUUGUGAGAGGUUGAAUGAUUCAAACAAGGAAUUGGAUCUAGUGUUUGAUGAGUCAGCUAUUGAUCAAACUGCUGUGAGGUCAAGUGAGACUGAAAUUCGACCUGGUGAAGACGAGAUUUUGAUGGCAAGCACAACUGAAAAAGACCCUUUUUCACAGAAAUCAAUAGUUUACAUGAUUAGUUUGAUUGAAGCAACAAUUGGGCCACUUGUUGAGUGUAAGGAAGUUGAGGUCCUUGAGCGAGCACACAACCUGAUGGGUUUUCUCCAUUUGCUAAGAGAGAUUCAAGAGUUGAAAGACAUGAAGGUUGGUGAUCAUACCAAGCAUAAUCGGGUCAAGGAGCUUGUUAAGAAUAUGCAAACAAUAUUCUCUCAAGAAUUAAGCCCUGUUUCUGUCAAUGCACUGAAGAAAGUGUCCCCUCCUGAGGAUCUUGUCUUGAAUGAAAACCUUGCUGAACUUGCUGACGUAGUAAGUGAAGAUGACACUACUCCGUCAACUUCAAUCUUUUUGUCCUGUCGCGGCAGUCAUUCUGCAGAGACUGAAGAUGAGUCUGCAACGUCAGUUGGUUCAUCUUCUCUUCUUUCUGAGCACCGUAAACGGCAUGAGAUCUUCUAUCUCCCCACAGGAAAAGCUGAAGAAGAUGCAAACAAUUACCCUUGUGCCAAUGACCCUCUGCUCUCUGCUGACAAUAGAAUUGCCACCGAGGAUAAAUCGGAGGCAGUCCAGCUUGUAUCUGAUUGGAAAAAAAUAAAGUCCACGAGGUCGAGACCAAAAGUAGUGAAACUGGAUGGUGAGGAUUUCCUAAGUUCUAUGAUGGCUAAUGCAAAUAUUGCAAAGGAAAAUUCAUUGUCUUGCACUGUACGUGGUGUGCUCAUGGGUAGAGAUGCCAAGCCAUUAUCUUCACCCAAGGUUUCAGAUAGGACCACCGGAGGGAUGCCAAAGAAUAUGGACUCUGGGGAAUCUAGUUCUCAACGGGUAGAAAACAUAGAUGAUGGUAUUGGAAGCCAUUCUAGGACAAGUAAGCCGCAGAAUAACGAGAAAGAGAAGAGUGCGAUCCCUCUUGAAAGUGAUGGGAAAGAAGCGAGAAAGCACAGAACCUCUGGCAGGAGUGGGCAUCGUCAAGGAAAACAAAAGAACAGAGAAAGACCUAGUACUCAGCCUAAUGUCGUACCUCAAGCUCCACUAAUCCAAGAUUUCCUUCUGUAGCUGCGGAGAGUUUUCUCGUCUGGUACAUUUCUAUUACGAACUCAUGUUGAUCUCUUGUUCCUUCACAUUUUGUGAAUUUUCAUUUGUUUCUCCUUUAUGAUGUGGGUGUUGUUUAGUAACUAUAGUUGUCUGGACAGUGUUGGCUCUAAUUAUCACUGUAGUGCAUGUAUAUCUUCUUUGGCACAGAACAUGCGCUCUUCAUUAGCUCAAUUGCAAUAUAUUGAUCCAUUCCAGUUUAUAAGGUA